UGCGCAUCUGCGCUUCCCUGGGAGGCAGGCGCUCCGGUCUGCGUGUACCUCCAGGACAGGUAGAUCCUCCUGGCAAGGGCUGCCCCCCGGCUUCCUGCUGACACCUGCCGGUUCCUGGCUGCCGUGAAGCAUGGCACCCACAGGAUUCCGGGGCAAGACAUAGCCCGAAGACCCACGGCCGGCCCAGGAGGGCACUCUCUGUGGCUCCCUGCACUGUCCCUCCCAGCUCCGUGCCACCCAGUCUCCGAGACCGUCCCAGCGAUGCACCUGGGAGCUGUGGCCCCACCUGGAUGAGGCCCUUCCAGAGCGGGACCCACCCUUGCCACCCACCGAGCCUCCCUCGCUGCUCCCCAGCCCCUCCCACGUCUGGCUGCCCGGGCAGAUCGUAGAAUGUCUGUGCCCCAGAUCCAGGUGGAAGAGGUGGGGGGCGAAGAGGGGCCAGCAGCAGCGGCCGCACCUCCCGACGACCACCUCCGGAGCCUGAAGGCCCUCACUGAGAAACUGAGGCUGGAGACCCGCAGGCCCUCCUACCUGGAAUGGCAGGCCAGGCUGGAGGAGCAGACGUGGCCCUUCCAGAGGCCGGCUGCCGCUGCGGCUGCGGAGCAGGGGGCCAGCUCGGAGCAGGGACAGCGUGGCGGGGAGGAAGCCUUGCUUCUCCGGAAAGAGCCCAGGCAGCAUCCGCCACCGGCCAUGAGCACCAGCCCGGGUGCCGGGCCCCUGUCCCCUGGCAAGCUGGAAGGCUUCCAGAGCAUCGAUGAAGCUAUAGCCUGGCUCAGGAAGGAACUGAUGGAGAUGCGGCUGCAGGACCAGCAGCUGGCCAGGCAGCUCAUGCGCCUGCGGGGCGACAUCAACAAGCUGAAGAUCGAGCACACCUGCCGCCUGCACAGGAGGAUGCUCAACGACGCCACCUAUGAGCUGGAGGAGCGGGACGAGCUGGCCGACCUCUUCUGUGACUCGCCCCUGGCCUCCUCCUUCAGCCUGUCCACGCCCCUCAAGCUCAUUGGAGUCACCAAGAUGAACAUCAACUCCCGGAGGUUCUCUCUGUGCUGAGAGACCCUGGAGGGGCGGGGGGGAGGGAGCCCAGGCCCAGCUGCCCCAGCGAGUCUCCCAGAGGCAGGGCUUCCCGUGGCUGGAGGCUCGGGGGCCUCAGGACCUGUGGGACGGUGCUCCCCGGGGCCCCCAGCUGUGGUCCCAGUGCCUCCCGGACUGGCUCCCGUUUCAUGCCCAAAGAGCUCUGCAGAAGGGCCGCUCCAGCCAGACGUUAAGGAGAACCUGGUUCCCAGCGUGAUCCAUCCCUUGGUGGCCCACAUUCCUGUUUUCUGGAAUCACUGGUGCUAUGAACUGGGAUUCCCACAGGGGGGCCCCAAAGCUGUCAUUCUUGCAGAAGGCUCCCCCUCAAGUGCGCUGGGGCCAUUAGACACGUCAGACGUGCCUGUCUCCCACGCUGUUGCUGCCCUCUAAGUACAGGCUCAAAUUCACCCUAAGUGGGUGACUCAGCAGCCUUGAAAGGAGCCCACCAGGAAAGGGAAAUCAAAAGGAGUGACAAAGUGGUGCUUGGGGACACAGGCUGCACACCUGCAGCCAGUGCCCUGGAGAGCCCGCGGUCCGGGCUGCCUUUGGUCUUCCACCUGGCACCCCAGGCCCUGUGCAUCAUCCCCCGGUGUGCUGGGACGUGUGACCGGCACACACCAGCGUAGCUUGGGUGGACCCAGCACAGGUGCCCCCAUCGCCUCCCCUGGCCAUGUGCACCAGUCACACCCUCCAGAGGGCCCCUUCGCUGUCCCCCCGCAGCCCCAGGGAGCCUGCCUAGGACACCCCUGGUGACUGAACCAGGCAGGGCCCGGGUGGGUUUCCCAUAAAAUCCUCCUGGAGGGGGUGCAACAGGGGACUCCUGGUGGGUUCUGAUGGUGUCACCUACGUCACCUCAUCGCCCUCCCCCGAAAGGCAAUCCGGGGAGCCCAGAGCCUGUCCUGAGUCUCCUCUGAGACCCUGUGCCUGACCUAACCACUAGUCUUCACUAAGACUGUUACUACUGUGUUGCUAACUUGUUAAUAACUGUUUGGUUUUUGUCCAAGUGGGGAAGCCGGUUGGGUAGGUCAGGUGCAGAGUUUAGGAUUUGAUUUAAGAGCUUCUCCCUAUCAAGGGUGAGGACCCGCGGGCCGAGACCUCGGCGGGCUGGAGAGUCAGCCUGGGCGACUCACCCGCACGGCCGGCUCCUCCACCAGCCUGGCAGAGGCCUCAGACCCUUUUGACCUGAGACGUCACCUAGCUGAGCCCUCUGUUGAUAAAGGAGCGAAGUGAAGCUUGGGGAAGGAGAGUGACUUCUCCAGGCUGCACGGCUGCUCCGUGGCUGUGGAUGUUGACGUGUGGAACCGUUGUUGGUGAUGCCUAGACAGGUCACGUGUCAGUGAAUUGAACCCCAAAGGUGGUCCCGCUGCUUUGCCAAACCCACGCACUGUCUACCCCUCUAUGCCCCGGCCUCACUCGCACCCCCACACCUCCCAUUUCGCAAUUCAGGAUGUCUGGGACAACGGCAGGGCGGGGCCCGGACAGUGGGCCCACGGGGUCCCACGGUCUGAGCACUGUGUCCGGCUGCUCUGUGUGUUUGUCUCGUCUUCUGCAUAACCUCAGCAGGGCCAUGUCCACUCGCACCAUGAGCUACACAGGGGAGAGGUUGCUUUUCCUUAGUGGCUAAGAGUGGGCAGAUGCAAGUGAAUGGUCCCCCAUAGACAGUGAAGAACCUGGUCUCUUCCUUGUCAUUUCAAAGAGCCAGAGGGUUUAUGCUUCAUUCAAAGAAGGUGGAGCAACGUAGCCAGGGUUUUGCGUCCACCCUGCUCUGUGCACUGAGGCCCAGAGGGCCGCACGGCGGUGUCCUGCUCAGAGCUCUGCACGCACACUGCCCGGGCCCAGAGGGCCCUUCCAGAUGAGCACUGGAGGUCCGGGGCCGGCCCACACGCACCCACCUUCUCACACCGCAGAGAACACGCCGUAAACAUCCUCAAACCCACGCAGGAAAGCCCACCCCACAGUCUGAAAAAAUGCCAGACUGAGUUUGUUUUUUCUUUUAAGAAAUCAGUCAUUACAGUAACAGAAACACCUGGAUCCAGCCAAAGCUGAGAGGUUUUGUUGAGCGUGGCCCGUGGAGUGGAACUGGGUGCACCUGAGCCACGCCCGCUCGCCUUGUUCUGUAAGCAGAGGCCAAGAUCGAGACACCUGUCGGGAUAGGUUAUAAGUCUCAGCUGUUUUGUCCAAUUUCAUCCCAAAAGAAUUUUAUCAGGGGAUGAGGAGGGGCGAGAGAAGGGGGUGAGCAGGGAAGGGGCUGGAGGGGAAGACAGUGAGUUUCCCAAGCGCUGUCCAGUGUCCUCGGCUCCCUCACCUUCCGCGGUGAGCACAAAUGACCGAAUCGACUCAGCGCAGUGACAUCCCUGCUCUGUGGGAUCUGCGGGGCCGCAGCAGGGCUGGCUUGACCUCCACCGCCACCUUUCUUCACAUGUACACAGUGCUGUUGCCAGUUCUACCCAUUAUCCCUCCAUCUCCCUGCCAUGCCCGGGCUUCCCGGGUGUAGCACGCGAAGUCUCACUGGCGCUGUCUCGCGUAGUCACAUCUCCUGCCUUCGCGGGCUCAGGAGCCAUCACAGAGGCCUGAGGGCCUGGGCGGGCCCCACCGGGCCUGGCCGAGCCCAAGACCCACUCCCCGUAGCAAUACCAAGUGCUAUUACGUAAUCGAUGGACAGUUUAUACUUUUAUUUUUUAUGAUUAUUUGUUUCUAUAUUGCUGUUAGAAAAAGUGAAAUAAAAAACACUUCAAAAGAAGAUAAAGAAGAGAAACUGACUUCCUCCUAGUUUGUCCUUGUCACAGCACACACAGGGCCGAGCGCCCGACUGAAUGAAAGGAUGGUGAACAGGUGGAUGGAUGAUUUUUGCAACCAGACCUGAGGUCUCAGAUGGGCUAUUUUUAAAUACCCUGUU